AUGAGGGAACAACAGAUUGUUGGUAUCACCACGGUGACGUUAUCUCCCGGCACCGAUCCUAUCAACGUGAUAGAGAAUACACAAACGACACUGCAGUGCCGAACAUCGGGCGGGUUACCGGCAGCCUCGGUCAGAUGGUUCAUCCAGGGGUCAGGGCAGGUGCAAGACGUAACGUCGCUCUCCGCGAACACGUACCAAGAGGAGGACAACCUUAACGUGACGCUUAGCACACUUAACUACACCCCGUUAACAGCUGACCAGAAUGGCCAGAUAUACUGUUCAGCAAACAAUAUGGGAGUGAGGAGAAAUUCCACAAAGCUUUAUAUAAAUGUAUUUUACGGACCUGAUAGACCGCUGUGCAAAACAAACAACUUCAACAUAACUUCAGUAUUGAAGGUCAUUAUUAGUACCACAUUCACCAUCUCCUGCACAGUUGACAGUAAUCCAGCGCCAUAUUCGUGGCAGUGGUCACCUUCUGGAGGGAGCAGUCAACAGUUAGGCUUCACAAACAUACAGAGGAUACAGGGCGGAGAGUACACACUUCAGGUUUUGAACAGAAUGGCUGUCACUGGGAGUAACAGUUUAGUCGAUGGCAGUAACGCGACGUCUUUUACAGUGGAUGUUUUGUUUCCCCCUGCUGUGCCAACAUUACGCAUGAGCGGUAAAGAGGUUAUGGGUACGGUCAAGGUCAUCGAAGGUAACAGCAAGACGUUCAACUGCAGCACAGAGAGUAACCCGACCAGUAGCUACAGCUGGACGUACCCACGAGGCUCAAGUUCUAACAACAUCUUGCAAGUGAGCGACUUCCAGCCAGGCUCCUACGACGGCGAUUACACGUGUCAAGUUCAGAACAGAAUGGAGCCAUCGUUUGGCAAUUCAAAGGAGAAUGUAUCCCUGAAAACUAUAUCUGUCGAUGUUUUGUAUGGCCCGAAAACGGGGAAUUUGCCGAACGCAAGUAAAGUUCGCGGGGAAAACCUUGUUUACCAGUGUUUGUACAUACCUGGCAACCCUCCAACUGUUGACUUUGAGUGGACGAAAUCCGGAACAGAGGUCUCCUGGGUCAAACAGAACACACAGAAUUUGACCAUUCUAAACCUGCAGCGCUCUGACGAGGCCAGUUACACGUGCAAGGUGUCCAGUGUUCUCCAGCCGACGUUGACAUUAGCGACGACCACACAGUAUGAUACUGCAACAUUUUUUCUAGAUAUUCUUUAUGGGGCGGAAAAUUUGCUGUUGCAACUCAACAACGUUUCCCAAUCGUCUGUACAAAUUGAUGAACAUUCAUCAAACCAUAUGCGAUGUUCGCUAGAAAGUGAUCCCGGCUCGAAUAUGGCCCUUACAAAAGACGGUAAAACGAUAAUUGCACGAUCUGGAGUACAUCAACUCACACAUGGAAUACAGGCUGAAUGUUCGGACGCAGGAGUGUAUACGUGCUCAGGAUACAACCAGUACGGAGCAGCAGAUAACGCGUCAGUGCAGUUAUUUGUAAAAUGUUCCGCGAGGCGACCCACUGGGGUGGAGGUACAGCUUAAUUUCACCGCACGCAAACAUGAAAAUGCAACAUUAGUCUACAAAAUAGUCGCCUACCCUGUGCCCAAGCCCCAAGAGUUUGUUUGGACGCGCUGUACGAAUCGCACUUCUUGUGAACUUGUGCCGGAUGAAAUGAACAAAUUUGAAAUUUACACAGAGGGUCUAUCAAGUAAAUUAACGAUUCUGGACGUUCAGAUUGAAGAUUACAGACUAUACCAAUUGUUAGUGUAUAAUGGAGUUGGUGAUACACUAGUCGAAUGGUUACACCUCAGACCCAUCGGAAAAUCGGAUUCGCCAAUGGACUUCCACGUUAUUCAAGAUACAAUACGCGAAACAAGUGCUGUAUUGACCUGGAUUGCCGGAUUUGACAACGGGUCUCCUCAGGAAUUUCACAUCUCCUAUGGAAAGGUUGCUGAUGACACUGGAUAUAUUACACAAAAUGUAAAACAUGACAACAGAGUCGAGAUGAAUUACACAGUUGUAAAUUUAAAACCUGGAACCGAAUACUUUGUCUCACUAAUUUCGGCAAACGAGGAGGGUUCUUCUGCACCGGUGAACGUUACAUUUUUAACUCUAAAACGUAUUAAUGAUCAAACUCAGACUAGUCCAAAUACUGGUCCUGUUUUUGGAGGGGCAGUUGGCGGAACUGUUGGUGCAAUAGUGGCAAUAGUUGUCGUCGUUAUCAUUCUCAGGCGGAACUACGCACUAAAUUGCAACGUAACCUGGACAAAGAGAGGUGAACCUUCCGAGCAUUCCAUAUCCGGAAAAGACAACCCCGGAUAUAACGCAGCCGAGACGUACGAGGUCGUUUCCAGGACAACGGAUACAUCGGCAUACAAUGAUCUAAAAAAUGAUGACAGCGGAGCCGAUAACUCGCACGUGUAUACGUCGUUGGAGGAGUCAAAGGCACCUGUUUACUACGAAAAUGUAAAGAAAGAUGAUCCCAUAUACAACAAUACUGCGCUGCAGAAUCCGGUGCAAACAGUGCUUUAAAUGUACACAUCCAUACAACAAUGUGAAGAUAUGGCAUUUUACAAUGUCAUUUACUUACCCAGUGAAAUAUCGAAUACUAAACCAGCACUAUAUCAACGAAGUAUGGAUUGCAUAAUAUUUGUUAUCAAAAUGUUUCAUACUUCAUAAAAUUAUAUUGAUU